AUGCACAUUACAGGCCGUCGUAAGGAGGAGCACAGAGAAAGCCUGCCCUACGGGGACCUGAAUGCAGACGGUGAGGCGGAGGCAUCCAGGAGGCCCUCCUUCCUCAGGAUGGUCAGUCUGGGCAAGCUGAAGAGGGAAUCCAUGUCCGACAAGGCCUCCCAGGAGACUGAGGAGGAAGCCGAGGAGGAGGAGGAGCCAGUGGUCCAAACCAGAGAGCCCCUCUCAGUACUGGAGAUCCUACAGUUAGUCAACCACCGGGACUUGCUCCUGGCCGACACACAUAUUCAGGAGCUAGAGCGGGAGUGUGAACUGUUGUCUCUCCUGCCAUGUCCGACCAGUCCCACCCUGACUCCGACCCUCAGCCCCCCCAGCCCUUCUGGCAUGAUUCCCCUGUCAUUCUCAUCUUUGGAUGACUCACUGAGCGCCAAUGCUACUCUGGAUUCGAGCCGAAGGAAAGAGAAGGACGUGGAGCUGCUCUAUGAGGCUUUGAUGAAAGAGAUGUGGGAUGUUGUGCGUGAGUCUCUCCGUCAGCCCAGUGCUGGGCCCAACCUUGGGCUUGUGGUGCUGGUGAUUCAACAGGAGGAACAUGCUGAUGCUGCCUGGACUCUUCGAGAGGACACCAAGCCAGAGCAACAAAUGGAUGUGGCUCUUCAGAUCCAACCCAGCCAUCGUCCUCGACGACUGAAGAUAAAGUGGAGGGAAGCAGUGGCGGAGGCUGCAGACUGGAGCUUGCCACACCAGGUGGACACUCAGGCGGGCCAGCUGUCCUCGUAUCUUGAGCGCCUGAGGUGUCGGGUGGUGGAUGACUUGGAUGCAGCAAGGAGGAAUGCUGUGUCUAUUUACCCGGAGGAGUUUGCCGCUUUCCAGGUGUAUGUGGAAAGUUAUCAUAGAGCUGUGGCCAAACGCCUGAAAGCCAUUACCAGUGACCGACUGCAGAUUACUGAUGUCUACUCGCUGUUGGACUGGUUCUACAACAUCUACAACCGGGAUGUUCUGGGAACCAUAGGCACCGCAACACCCAUCAACUAUGCCUCUCUGGAACCCAUUCUGCCUCAAAAUACAGUGAACAGGCUGGAAGAAGACUGUCUUAGUCUCGUCAAGGAGAAGGUAACAACAGAGCUGAUUCAGGUUCUGGAUGAUGAAGAACGGCGAUGGGCCCAUACUCUACACAUAGAGGAAUAUCAGUCCCAUUUAGCACGCUCGGUCAUACAGAGACUGAAAGUUGAUCUAGACAAAUCUACAUCUGUGAACCAGUUUCUCGGGGCAAGAGUGGCUCGUUUUAGUCUCAUCGGUUUGGCUGAUUUUCUUUACAGUUUUCAGAGAAAAGUGGAGAUGUUUCACGAGACACAGGCGGAGUUCGGUGAUCGAGGAGAUGGAUAUGUUUCCAGGACAAUAGCUCUGGUCAACUGUUGCCCCCCUCUCAGAACCUUUGUGGAGCGCUGCAGGCAGUGUGACCAACAGGCUAGCGAGGACUCUGCAAAGAGAGCCAACUCUUCUCUGGACAGGAUCAUCAACCAGUCUGUGAGGGUUCUAGCAGACAGGCUGUUUGAGCACAUUAGGCCAUUUUUUGACAAAAUGGUCAAGAGAAAAUGGCUGAACUACACGGACACGUUCGAGGCCAUUGAAGCAAGCAUCAAACAACACUUCAAAAAGUUCCGAAGGAUGGAUCCUCCGCCGUAUCAGACGUUGGUGGGUGAGGUGCACCGACGGGUCCUGGUGGAAUAUGUCCGAGCCAUCAUGCGGGGACGGCUCAUAUGCACAUCUUCCAAGAUGAGGAAGAGGAUGGCUUUCCGCUUACAAGACGAAGCCAAGCAGCUUAAAGGACUCUUUAAGGAUUUGGAAUCAAACGCAUCCUGGUUGGACAGUCUCAUCUGCCACAUGGCUGACAUCAUUCUCCUUGAAGAUACGCCCUCUAUCCAGAUGGAGGUGGCUGUCCUGGUGAAAGAGUUUCCAGAUAUACGGCAGAAGCACGUGUCCACCCUGCUGAAUGUACGAGGCAUGAUGCGUCAGGCAGAGCGUCAGGAGAUCUUCAACAUUGUCAAAGACUUCCAGUGCAGCUCGGCUUUGCUCGGCCGGGAUCGCGCCGUCUUUUCCGACAUCCCCAUUACCUCAGAGGUGCACUGCAUCAGCAUCGGGUUCCUGCGCCUCGCCAUGGCCGUCACCAACUGGCUCUCUGAGCACCGGCCCAGGAAACGCCGCAGGAAAAGCACCAGGAACACGAGGCCGCUGUCGUCUGAGGCUCAGAACAUGGAAGACGUGACUAAACACAACAGGGAAGAAUAGUGUGAAAGUAAGAAGAGCAGUUGGGGUCAUACUGUGAUGAAAUGGAUGAGAUGUACAUGCACCUUGACAAAGACCAGACAAGUAAAGAAACUUGACUUGAGGUACUGCUCGUUCUGUACACACUUAACACAAUCGUUCAACAAUCUGAACUAACCUUGUAGUUUGUUUUAGUCCGAACUUAACGACGAGAAGAAAAUGUUUUAGCCUUUAUUUAGGCUCACAUCAGUAUGAAAUGAUAAUGCCAUCAUAGCAGAGAGAAUGCUAUAUUGCUUUAUUGUUGUACCAUUUAUAUACCCAGCUAGGGGUGUCCCGAUCUGAUAUUGGUAUCGGAUAUUGGUAUGAUAUCAGCAAAAAACAUCUAUCAGAAUACAUAGACUUGAAUCUAAAUCUCCAAAACAAACAUUUACUUGUUAACAUAUAAAUAAGCACACAUGGUUGGUCUUUUCUUGUAUUUUAGUCAAGUCACUUACUAAGGGUAAACAUUUAUAUACAUAUAGGCUACUCGCAGCUACACAACAGCUAAGCACACAAUAGCACACAAGCUAGACAUACGUUAUAAGUGUCCUUCGUUGAACAAUAUUGCUGUCUCCAAUGUUUGUCAAUAUAAACAAGCAUUAGGUAAUAAUUAGAGAUGUCCAAACAUGCUUUAAAAUGUAAUAUCGGAAAUUAUCGGUAUCGUUUUUUAAAUUAUCGGUGUCGUUUUUUGUUUUUGUUUUUUUAUUAAAUCAACAUAAAAAACACAAGAUGCACUUACAGUUAGUACACUAACCCAAAAAACCUCCCUCCCCCAUUCACACAAAAGGGUUGUUUCUUUCUGUUAUUAAUAUUGUGGUUCCUACAUUAUAUAUCAAUAUAUAUCAAUACAGUCUGCAAGGGAUACAGUCCGUAAGCACACAUGAUUGUGCGUGCUGCUGGUCCACUAAUAGUACUAACCUUUAACAGUUAAUUUUACUCAUUUUCAUUAAUUACUAGUUUCUAUGUAACUGUUUUUAUAUUGUUUUACUUUCUUUUUUAUUCAAGAAAAUGUUUUUACUCUAUUUAUCUUAUUUUAUUAUUAUUAUUUUUUUAAAAGGACCUUAUCUUCACCAUACUUGGUUGUCCAAAUCAGGCAUAAUAUUGUGUUAAUUCCACGACUGUAUAUAUCGGUAUCGGUUGAUAUCGGUAUCGGUAAUUAAGAGUUGGACAAUAUCGGAUAUCGGCAAAUAAGCCAUUAUCGGACAUCCCUAGUAAUAAUAGUUGCAUAUUAUUUACACAUACAAAGUGUCCCGUAACAAACGUCUCCGUGUCAUUCAACUCAAUAAUUUAUUGUGACAACUAAGUGUAGCCGAAAAACACGUAUUUACCACUCUACUUCAAGUUAACCCUCAGGGGAUAAAAGCUGACUUUUUUUGUCCUUUCAGU